AUGGAAGGACCUUCCAACGCUAUACUGGAAGAAAACAACAUGAGCAAGACCACAAAUAGAACUUAUAAUUAUGCUAAGAAUAAUAAAGUUAGUUAUGACCUUGAUGAAAAUUCAGUAGGGCGUCUCUUUAAAUACUUUCAAGAUCAGAAGGCCAAGUAUCCACAUCAAUUAGAAGUUGAUCAAUAUCAAUCACAAUCUGAUCGAGAAUUACAAUGUGAAGAUAUCAUUAAUUUUGAAACUCCCACACAACAUGAAUUAGAUAAUCCAAAUGAUUCAAUGAACUUUUAUACUGAUCAUGAUCUUGUUGAAAGUCAUGCAUAUUCAGCUAUGGAUAUUGAUCAGAAUGAACAUGUACAGAAUACUGCAACAAACCAACUGGAGAUUGAUUUAACUCUUGAAGAUGAUACUAUUGGUCAAGUUUCCCAAUCAGACACCACAUCCAUUCCCCCUCCUUCUAUCCCAUCUCGCUUAUCUCCCCCACUCUUUUCUGGGUUAGGGUUACAAGGUAGCCCCAGGAUCCGGGUUGAAAGUGCAUGCACUGUGCACCUUGUUGCAUGCACUUAG